CCAAAAUGCACGAUGGCAUCCCUAGCAGCAAGCGGGGUUUCUUCUACGUUGCGGCAGUCCUCCUGAUCUUCAUGCAAGCUGGACUAUGGAGUGCUAGGAGGAGAACACAGGAGGUCUUCCCCGACAACUCUCUGGUACCAAAAGUACCGAGCCUUUUCUCGUUAAUCAAGGGCGAAUCCAGAACCACUAUCAAGGAGCACCCUAUCCCGAGGCUCAUGGCUGAAGCUGAAGUGCAGUUCCGCGAACGUCUUACACGGCAAAGCAAGACCCUCGUAAAAGCCGUGGCAGAGUACAAGACGCGUUUCAAGCGCGACCCACCGAAAGGAUUUGACGACUGGUGGAAAUUCGUGCAGGAUAACGAUGUCCUGAUGGUUGAUGAAUACAAUGCUGUUGCCGAGGAUCUAGAACCGUUCUGGGACCUCUCGCCAGCCGAGUUCAGGCAACGGGCAUCCUUAGCGGGCCAUUUGCCCUCGGUUGACUUGGUGAAGGUUCGCGGCGGUGAAGGAAAGGCUGUGAAUGUCAAAGAUGGAUUUGAUAGCCCUGACGGUGUCUCCGAACGUGCCAAGGGUUUUCUACUGAUGAUUGAGAAAUUUCAGGACAAGCUUCCAGACCUGGACUUCCCUAUCAAUGCUAUGGCAGAGGGGCGUAUACUAGUACCCUGGGAGCAUCGACAAUACCCCAAUCUCACUGAUGGCGGAGUUGCUGAGCAACUGAGCGGGCGAUACUCUCCAGAUUGGCGAGGGGAAGGUACUGUUUGGGAGGCCUUCCGCCGCACAUGCGAGCCAAAGACCCCUGCACGCCGUCUAUUCAGUUCUACACGCGCCUCGUCCACCACGCAAGCCCGAUUGAGCCAACUCGAUGCCAUUGAUGACGAAGUUACAUUCGUGCGGAGCGUCCAAGGAAACUUCUCCUUCUGUCAGAACCCGUGGGCUCAUUACAGCCAAGGACACUUCUUUUCCGACUGGAGGACGAUCCCUGUGCUAUUCCCGAUAUUCUCUCCUGCGAAAGCUUCUGGGUUUUUGGACAUUCGAGUUCCUAGUCAUUACUACCAUGGCCAGACCCGACGAUAUACGUAUGGAUGGGACCCGGUGAAUCUGGAACGGCACCACGUCGACCAUAUGGAGAUGCCAUGGGAGCUUAAGAGCGACAAGGUUUUCUGGCGAGGCGCGUCCACUGGCGGCGGUAGCUCUCCCCCGGGCUUCGCAGGGCAGUAUCAACGCCACAGACUGGUGCAGAUGGCGAGUGACCUCUCGAUGACGAACCGUACCAUCCUAUUCGCUGACCCUCCUGGCUCGACAACGUAUACGUUCACCGAGGUGCCAACUGCGGUUCUCAACAGAGAAGUCAUGGACGUGGCGUUUGUCAAGCUCGUGGGCUCUUUCAAUUUCCCUGGUGGGCCAGACGCUUUGCUCAGGGAUCAUCGCUUCGACGAGGGUGGUGUGAACCUAGGCGACCACUGGAAACACAAAUACCUUGUUGAUAUCGACGGCAUGGGGUAUUCUGGCCGUUUCUUAUCUUUCCUGGAGUCUGACAGUGCUGUCCUGAAAGCGACUGUGUACCGAGAGUUCUUUGAAGAGUGGAUCCAGCCUUGGUUGCACUAUAUCCCGUUGUCGCCCACGUACCAUGAAAUCUACAACAUCCACGCUUUCUUCUCAGGUGGAACAGACUCCACUCUCCAUGCCGCAAACUCGACAGCACUACAGCUGCCAGCUGCGCAACGGAGGUCACUGCAUGGCGAUAGACGCCUUCGUCGGAUUGCUCGCGCAGGGAAGCAGUGGAAACGGACCCUCGGGAGAAGAGUGGACAUGGAAGCAUAUGUCUACAGGCUUUGUUUGGAAUACGCACGACUGUGGUCCGAUGAUAGAGAUUCCAUGAACUUUACUCUGUGAUAGCUUUUGAGUGAUAUCAUGUGCUACUCGAACUCUAUGGUCUUCAGGCCGUUGCAUCGGACGUAUCAUAAAUCUACUAGCUG